AUGAUAAUGUCAGAAAAGACUUCGUCUAAGAGGAAAUUAGAGACUGAUGAAGCUUAUGACCCAAAAAAACUGAAGAUUGAGUCUCUUUCAAACGAGGACCUCGAAAAUUUGAAGAAUGAAUUAAAAGCAGAUAUCUCAAAAGAAUUUGAUGAUAAGAUUUCAGAGUUGAAAAAGGAAAUUGAAGAACUUAAAAGGCAAUACGGAAGUCCUAAAGAAGCUGCUCCUGAUAAGGAAGAAAGAAAGCACGUCUUUGGCACCAGUCUGAUCAAAUUAAAGCCGAAUUCGAAUACUGCCACACCACAAACUUCAUUCACCUCAGUACGGGAGAAGACGCCGAAAGACAUAUCCCCCUCAGAAUCAAGCCACGUCUUUGGAGCUGUAACAUCUUUUGGGACAAACUCAGCCUUUGAGAAUAUUAAAAAUAAGAAAAAUGUAUUUGAUGAUCUCUCAUCAAAGACUGCAAAAAACGACUCUUCUGGAGAGAGUCCUAAUGGAGCCACGCCAACUGCUUCAUUCGGCUCUGCUUUUGGUAGUAAUUCUAAAUUCAAUAAUGCAUUCCUGGAGUCUUUGAAGAAGAAAUCGUUCUUAGAUGAGCCGAAUGACAACCAAAACAAUAAGGAAAAAUCAGCCGGCUUGAAUACUCAGCAAUAUAAACAAGUAGAUUUGAACCCAGUGGGUGAAAUCAAAACAGGUGAAGAAGAUGAAGAAUCUAAGUUCUCUGCGACGGCAAAGAUCUUUGAAUUGGAUUUGACCAAGAUUUCAGAGGGAUGGAAAGAAAGAGGAAUUGGCCCUAUACACUUGAACGUAUCUUUAAAGGAUUCAAACCAGGUGAGAUUAGUCAUGAGAUCUCAAGGCCUACUCAAGGUGAUUUUGAAUAUGAAAAUUAAACCUGACACUAAAUUAUUAAAAGGAUUAGAAGCAAGUUUAUCUCCAGGGAAGUUUUUACGUUUUAAUUUUAUUAAUGCGGAGGGAAAUCCUAAUCAGUACUUAUUGAAAUUUGGCAGUCAAUCAUUGAGAGACGAGCUAUUUGACAAAGUAGAGGAUUUACAAAAUCGCAUGGGUAACACAAAUGGUACCAACAGGGAAUAA